AUGUUCCCUCGAAAUGCUCAUGGUGUUCCUGAACUUUUAACGGAACUCGCUUUGGAUAACUACGCAGAUCGUCUCGCCACACAGCGUGCAUUAGCUGAAAAUGCAGCAGCAGAGGUAACACCUCUAUCUAAUACUUGGCUUGAAGAGGCAUUAGCAACUCUGCAGUUGAUACACGGGAAAGUAUUCACUUCUGCAGUUGGGAUUGCAUUGCAUGGCGCGGAACUUAUUACACGAUUUGUGGCAUGUGAUGAUACCAUUGAGAGUAAUUCGAGUAAAGAGCAAGAUCAACAGCAGCAGCCAUCAUCAUCAAAGGAUGAUUUACAUAAUGGUGUGAAUAACUUUACAGGAAGGUGUCUUUACUUUGUUGGUGAACAUUGCCUUUUAUCUCCGUACUUUUGUCCUUGUGGGGCAUAUAAUUAUCAAGGGAUGCGGCGACAAGAGACGUGGUUAUGUAAACAUUUACUGGCUCUUCGAAUAGCGCUACAUCUUGAGCGGCGUGGUUUAGUAACAGAUGGUAUACGUAUACGAAAAGUUAGUACAGAAGAACUUCAGGGAAUGCUUCAGCGUUUAGAUUGA